AUUUUCUGGGUACAAUAGGUGUGUGCUCGCGCUGCGCGCCAAUACGCAACCAGGCUCGCCCACUCACGCUGUUUGUUAGCACGUCAGGUGUUGGUUUAAAUUAGAAAAGAAAAAGAUCGACAAAGAAAUACUCGAAAUGACCACCAGCCAGUCAUGGACGUUAGCACGAUAUGGGCGUUUUGUUCCAGGCUCUACAGAGGGAAGUCCGUGGAAGGUAUUUGAGGCAAAUCGUGAUAAACCUGACAUUUUCAUCACAAUUGUGGAAUCUGGAUACUUGCUGGUAUUGCAAGGACAAGAAAGCUUGGAUACAAUCCCUUUGCUCUGCGGAUCCGAGUUUCUCAAAGUACACCAGAAAUCUGAUAACCUGAUGUUUCGAUUUAGUCAGAAGGGAGAGAGCCGCAUGAUGAGGAUGCAGUUUGAUGGAAGUAGCAGGGAAAAGGCUAUAAAGGAGUGUUCGAGUGCUGCGAAAAAAUUGAUGGAGUACAUGUCUGUCACCACUCAGGAGGACGCCCCAUUACCCCCUAAUCAGUCCCCUGCUGAGUUCUCUGCACCAGUGACACAGCAGACUUUACAGGCUGUGAGAGUGGAGCCUGAGGUUGUGCAAGGAUCAUUAUCCAUCAAGCGUCUCACCCAGCACAUCUUGGCACAGCCUGCUGUGAUUCUGCCUCAAGUAUAUCGUCACGAUUCAUUGGUACAAGGUGACUUGGAGCCGAUCCUGCGUCUUUGUCUGCUGGAUCCCAGCUUUUACACAUUUGUGGAGAAGGUGGAGGGGGAGCUGAAAAAACUGCUUCAAGAGUGAAAAAUGGCAACAACAGCUGAAAGGCAGAAAGGUCAAGUCAGUGCAAUGUGUUUUUUCGUACAGAAUUUGUGUAGGCAGUGCCUGGUGGUGGUGGAUGUGUGUCUUGCUGAGAUGUUUUUGAAUGGUAUUGGGUAUUAAGUGGUUAAAGCAAGAAAAUCUGGAUUAAUUUUGACAUUUUUUAUUCAGAAAAAAAAUAUUGGUCUCACUCAUAUGUUUGAUCGUGGCUAUAUACUCUGGUCCCUGUGUUCCCACCUUAAUGCAGGCCCAUUUCCACCGCAACACACAUGGAUACAUCGUAUUGAAAGAGGAGUCAUGCAGCUACAGCAGUGAAUUUUGCUAUGCCAGCUUCCAAGUGAUCCCACAAUAUUAAAGCUUCACUGAGUUAAACAAACUGCCCUCCAUAUAUCUAUUUAAGAAUACAUAUUGCAUAGGAUUAUAGCCAUGCUAUACAGUUAAAGAGAGAAAACAAAUAAAAAUCAAUUGGGAAAUAUAAAAAAAAUAUUUUUUUUACAGAUUUCCUAUCAUUUGAACACUCAUACUUCAACAUAUACAAGACACCUAAGUUACUCUGGAAAGAAAAAAAUAAUACACUUAUCAUUUUUGUUUAUAUAAUUAAACACACAGUAGUCAUUUUCUGUAAUCACUCUCAAUUAAAUUUAAAUACUGCCAGUCAUUGAAGCCCUUGCUUCACAAUAAAAGUUCUGUUAAAAGUGGACUCAUUGUCACAAAAUCAAACAUACUUAAAUGACCAUGAUAUGCUGUACAAA